GCUCUUUGCACGGGAAAGACCGACGGGGUAACAAGAAGAGUCGGGGCUCUGUGCCAACGAGAGGUGUCACUUACAACCCGACUAGCAACCUCACUCGAAAUCCUCCCAGGCUCGCAUCUCGUCAGUUCGCUUUUGCUCCUCUAAUCAAGAACCUCGUGGACUUUUGUCUUCCUUUCUCUAUUUUAAUAAAUUUUUUAUUUCUCACGGUCAUUGGCUGGAAAGAGUUUUAUUUAACCGGUUGACCGUCAACGAUUCACGUACGAAAAAAAAAUUGUGUCGAUCUUGAAAUUUCAUCAUAUUCGUACAAAAUUGUUCUGUGCGUGAACGGUGAAUUUUCGGCCUUAAAUUGGCGUCGCAUAGCAUCAUUUUUGAGCACAUUUGAACACUGUUCAGGUUGCAAAGUGAAAAUUGAAAGGAAAUGAGCAGCUUCGAGGACCCUCGAAAUCAAAUUUUCUUUAUAUCUUUGUAAAUGUUUUCUUGAAUAAGUUUUGGUGCGAAAAGCCGAAAAAAUUGACCGGUUAACCGAUCAAUUUCAAUGCCGCAUUCCCCUUCAUUUAGCGAUCAUUCAAAAGUUACACGACCGAGUUAUUAAAUGAACCGAAGGAACGUUGUCCCACAAGAAUAGUCGCGGUGAAACAAUAAAGUUUUGUGAAAAUCAAUUCGGUAGCAUUUCUAUCAAUAGUGUUCUCGUCUCAUUGGUUCUCAGCGAAGCUUGAAGUCGUAAAAUAUGACGAGGAAGCUUUAACAGCGAUGGGGAAAAAAGGGAUUUAUAUCAGUAGUUUCGUCGGUCACGGUUUGAUCUCCGAGGAGGGCGACCCGGAACUUGGGACCGCUGGAGCAGCGGGACUUGCGAGCUCCGAGACCCUCGACGACGGAACCGGUGAGAAGGCCGCCGCAGCCGCAGUCGGCGAAGACGGUAUGGAGACCGUUCGUCUCGACGGAGACGCGAACGACGGUGCGGUCCCGCUUAAGCCACAUCCGUUGGUCACUUUUAUAUCGGCUGCCCGACGAAAUAUCUUUGUCACUCUGACGGCGAUAUGCUUCCUCAUCGUGCUGAUAAUAAUAAUAUCGAUUGCCUGCGCGGGACCGCGUCCAUUGACAUCGCAGCCGCUGAAGGAUGGGAAAUGGGUGGAGGCAGCGACGUCGUGUGGCCCGGUGCAAGGUGUUUUGGAGGACGGUGGUUUCGCGUUCCGUGGAAUACCGUACGCGGUACCGCCGGUAAAUAAUUUCCGUUGGAGCGCAGCUCAGCCGAUUCAUCGUAUAGAGCACUGUUGGAACGGAACAUUUUUGGCGCACAAUUCAUCGGCGUCGUGUUGGCAGAGGGAUAUCUCGGGCAGGAUCGAAGGGGACGAAGAUUGUUUAUAUCUGGAUCUGUAUACGCCGGAAGUGAGAUACGACACACCGGUGCCGGUGGUUGUGAUGAUAGGUGCGGAAACGUUGAGCGGUGGUUCGCCCGGAGCUAUGCAACCAUCGGCGAAACUAGCGCACGUACGUGACAUGGUAUUCGUGAGACCCAACUUCCGUCUUGGAGUAUUUGGAUUCUUGGCUGCGGAGCCGCUCUCUCGGGCUGCUCAUCUUCCGACUUCCGGAAAUUAUGGUAUUUCUGAUAUAAUCGCUGUCCUCAAAUGGGUGCAAUUGAACAUUCAACAUUUCGGAGGCGAUAAAAACGCCGUUACCGUUUGGGGUCAUCGCGCCGGAGGUACACUCGUCACUACUCUUCUCGGCUCCCGUCAAGCCAAGCCUCUCUUCAAACGCGCUUGGAUCUCGAGCAGCAGCGCCGUUCUACCGACCAAGCAAUUGAAUCACGCCGAAAAACUCGCCGAGCCCUUCCUGCAAUCCAUCAAAUGUCAGGAUGUUUCUUGUCUCCGAAGCAAAAGCGCCGAAGAAAUCAUGGACGCCGUACCGUCUCAUUGGUACGCGCCUGAUUUCAAUCUACCUGAACCCCGCGAAGCCACCCCUGCGGACAGCAAACACGAGUGGCUCGUCAUCGAUGGCGCUAUCAUUCAAGAAGACAUUCGUCACACCUGGACCCGAAAUCGCACCGCUUUGGUCGUCAUGGGUACCACCGCUCAGGUCGGCACUCCCGCGAGAUUCAGGGGAGCCAAUGUCACCGUCGAAAGCUCUCGCAUCGAAAAAAUUGUCAAGGAAUCCUUACUCGGUACCAACGGCGUUGCCGAUGAAGCUUUGAGGCGAUACAACGCGACUUUGAAGGGUCUGGCUUCUAUGAUUUCGGAUAUUCGAGUGAUUUGUCCACUGUUGAACUUCACGGAGACAACGCCGUUCUACAUAACGCAAUCGAGAGGUGAUGCAAUCGCGGAUGCGGACAGUGACGUUGCGGCGAUUCUGAGUGCUUAUAUGGCCACGACGCCCGAAGAGAAGAGGCACGUUUCGGCGAUACAACAGCUUUUUUACCACUUUGCAUGGCACGGUAAAAUUAUGGACGCUGCGAUCAAGCCCGGUCACAGAAUAAUAUCCGUAGGUCAAGACCUGAUUCCAGAGGUCGAUCAUCCGAAUUGCGAUUUCUGGAUGAAAAAGAACAUCGUACCAAAAUAUGCAAGAUACGAUUAAACCUUUGAAGCACUUUAAAGUAAAACAAAUCCGUAUAAACAACGUUUCUGGAAUAACGACGAUUUUUUUGAGCCACAAUGUUUUUACCAAGCACGCAAAAGUUCGCUCCAAGUCGUAAAAUCGUCGCAUAGGCUUAAGAGCCUCAAAAGUGUCUCGACGUCCUAUUUUUCCGUUCUCUUUUCAGUUACGCGCAAAAACAACAGUUCGCAUGUCCCGUUAAAGACGCGGGAAACUCUUCUGUGUAUGUGUAUAAAUGUGGAGUAAAAUGUAAUAUAUUGCGAAUAUAAGAAAGGGCGAGAGAUAGAGAGAGAGAAAUGGAAAAGGAGAGGGAGGAACGAAUUAAACAAGCGCAAAACGAGGAAAAGAGGCAGUUAUUUAGAAUGGGAUUAAAGUCGUGAUAAAAUGAAGAUUAAAAAAAUAGAUGACGAACAAGCAUAGAUUUGACAAGUAGAAAUGAAACGGAAGGAAACACAAAAUGGCUUAACUUAAGAAAAAUAGAAAAAAUGAGAUGAAGAACAUGACAAGAGGGAGAGGAAAAAGAAGAGAAAAUCGAUUAUCGAGGCAGUGCAUAUUCAAUAUAUCACCCUAUAAGUAUACUUAUAAACAUAUAUAUAUUCUUAUAAGAAGCGCGAAAAAGGCCCGUGAUUCCGCAAGGAAAGAAAUUUUCGGACUCGAAGGUUUUUUCAAGAAAAAGGAAAUACUGCGAGAAACUUCAUCUUCUCGAUGAAAUACCUUAUUAUUGAUACUUCGAAUAGAGGUUUAUUGAAAAGAUCUAAGCAUACGAGUCAUCACGCGCAAUAAGACCCGUUUGCGGAAGGGAAUCGGAGACGGAAAUAAUGAGAGCGAAAUAGAUGAAAAGAAAUAAAUAUAUGAAGUUAUAUGGAAAAUUUCUACGACAUGCCGUAGAGCAACACUGGAUCAGUAAUCCGGUUUGAAAGAUUUGUAAUAUUGAUUUCGAGCAUAGCUUUUUACGAUGCCAUUCUCAUCGAUCACACUCUCAUUAGUUUUUAUACCUCACAAAUACGUUUUUAUCUUCGUUUACUUUCUUCACUUCAUUUUUGAUAUUACUUUUAGAUAUUUUUGUUUUUAAGACGAGUUAGAAAGUAACGACGUUUCUUUCAAAUGACAAAAAGGAACCUCGGGAGACUGACGCUCCGCUACUUAGUAAACCAAUUUUAUCAAUUCAUGGGUUCUGUUCUGCGCAGCCAUCUCCGAGGAGACAAGUGGACGCUUGAAAAAUAAUAUUAUUUCUACUUUUUUCUUUCUCAAACAGACUGAUACUGCCAAAUUAAGUAUUUCAUAAGAUACAAUAUUUUGGUCGUACGAGAUAAAUCUUUAUAUUUGUCUUUUCUUCGCUACUUUUUUCCCUAUCGACUGACAAUUUUUUAUUUUUUAUACGUUUUUCUAACGUAAUAACGACGAAGAAAUGGCCUUUUUUUUAAUGACUUUUACGCAUUUUCUAUCCUUUUCGUACGAUUGCGCCGUUUCAAAUGAACGAUUGUAGAAAACAAGACCUUAAUGUUUAAAAAUUCAGGUAAAUCGACGUUAACGUCCGGUCCAAACACGUGCCGAAUUUUCACCUUAACCGAUAAUAAACAUACCGAUUAGGUUUUUCACACACGACAAAAAAGAAGAGAAAAAAAUACAAAAUAAUAAUGAAGAAAAAAACGCCUUUAAUGUUGCCACGUAAUACGAUCUCAAUUAUCGUAUACACAUUUCAUCGAUGUCAUAUAAGUAUAUAUAUUUAUAUAUAUAUUUAUAUACAUUUAUACACGUUUAGAUAUCGUAUAUGUACAUGAAUAUGCAAUUGUCGAGCUAAGCCAUUUUUUAAAAUUGUUUUUAUAAAGCGCGUUUCCACAUUGUAAAUCACGCCUUCCACCGUACAUCAUCUGAAUUCGUAUAAUUAUCGAAAUUUGUGCUUUUAUCACGAUCCAUAGUUAUCUUUUUUUUUUCUUCUUUUUCUCUUACUUUAUAAUUUUCUUCCUCUUAAUUUAUUGUUCACGCGAAAAGUGAUAAAUUAGGUCUUACGAAUAACUGUUUUUCCGUUAAGCGAAAAGUAGUUUUAAUUCGUAUAAUUAUUAGAAUGUAGCAUAUCGUAUUAUAUCGCCGUAUAAUGUUGAUGAUGACCGAGUGACGCAAAAACAAAAGCAACACACAAAGAACAGAGAGCACGAGAAAAAGCACGCUGAUGAUUAUUGAGGAAAAUGGUCCAAAUUAUAUUCACAUAAUUUUUACGAAUUUUUUCACUGAAGGGUUUGCCCAAAACUUUUGUAAAAACCCCAAUAUUUUUUGGCCAUUUGUGAUAAAAUAGCACUCUUGUAAACAUAUUUAUAUUUACUUAUGUAAAUAUAAAUAUUGGUAAUGUGUAUUAUAUAUAAAGAUAUGGUUUAUGGGUUUUACUUGACCGAAUAUCUCGUUGGGACUGUAUCGAUCAUUCCUUUCGUUAUUAUAUCGCACGAAUGAUAGAUAGCCUACGUUCGUGGCUCAUCUAUAUUCGUAUAAUAAAUAGACAAUGCUGAGUUUGCCUUUUCCCAAAAAGAUUUCGGCAAAGGAAUCCCAUGCAUAUUAGUUUGAAGAUACGGAUAACCAGCUGUCCAUGUCACAAUUGAAUUUCGCAUUUAACACUUUGAUUCGUAUCUAUUCAGUCACACUCAGUUCUCAUUGUGCUAAAUCCAUCUUCAUUGUAACAACUGUACCGUCAAUAAAAUCGUAUAAUCCAAUAAAA